AUGAGAAGAGAUUCUUUUGAAGAAAUUAUGGACGAUCUCUUUGAUAUUGCUCAUGCAAAUGCUUUAGAAGACAUCAAAAUUGAAGAAGAUAGGAAAUUUCUAAUUCUUCAGCGCCAAAAAGGAAGACCGGGCUCCAUGGUUGGUGUUGACCUAAAAUUAACACAAAAAGAAGAAAGGAAAUCAAAGAAAAACAGAACAGAAGUUGCCCGAAAGAAACGAACUUAUGAAGAAAUGGAACGACAAUUAGUCGACACAUCUUAUGAUAUAGUUUCAAGCAACCCAAGCAGUGACGGUUUUGACGACAGUAGCAGCCCUUCUUCUGUCAUUGAUAAACAAUUACCAGAAACUGAUAUAGACACACUUGAGAAUUUACCCGACGAAAACAAAAAUGAGCAAACAGGUGCACAUGCUUCGAGUUUGAUGUCGGAAGAUUUCGAUAAAGUUGGAUCUGUUGAAUCGGAGCAUGAUCAAAAUAUACAACAAGAUGCCCAGGAAUUAAAAGAAGAAAUUAUUAGAGUUGCACAUGCUCUUAAUAAUAAACAGCUGCUUGACAAAAUAAAUGUUGUUCGUGUUAAUGACGUCAUUGCUUACCAUCAAAGAUGUAGAGCACAGUACGUUUACAAGAUUACUGAAAAACCAGUAAAUAAAAAUGAAUGGCACGAGGUUCGCGAGUUCCAUAAACAAGCAGCAACUCGUGUUAUUAUCUUAAAAAAGAACAAAAUAAUAGCUCCUGCAGGUGAUUUUGAAAUAGAUUUGGACGCGUUAUCAACCGAACAAAUUUGUAGAUCUCUUUUCGCUCAAAGUAUUGCAUUGCAAAUAAGAGAUGAUUUGCUAAAUGUGCCAAAAACACCUUUGCCAGAGUGCCUCGAAGAAAAACAUUUAAUAGCAGGUGAAUGUUUAGAUAUUGAGUGUCCAGAUGGAUCCCUGGUCUUAGAGGAUAAUCUGUGCUAUAAGAUUUAUAAUGAACCCCAAACAUGGAAUGAAGCUUAUGAAAUAUGUGAGAAAAGUUCAAGUUUUUUGCUGAAUGACAUUUUUCCUGAUAUAAAAAUUAAAACAAAAUCUUGGCUGUCAUUGAAAUACUCAUAUGGAAAAGUUCAGUCAAGCUACAGAAAGAUCAAAACUGAGAGAUUGCUGAAUAAAUUGAAUACAAGCAAAGUAAAUCCUGAUUUACACUGUGUUUCUGUUGUUUGGUUAGUCAAUGACUAUGAAUUGAUUCUGAAAAACUGCAGUGAAAAAUUACCCUUUGUGUGUCUGUAUGAACCAUACAGGGUGCUUAGCACUGUUCGAGUUUCCAAAAUUUGGAAUAAAUAUUCAAAUGUGGACAACUCUUGUUACUAUAUUGGAAAUGCCAAAGAAACAUGGGAAGAUGCUGUUGAAAGUGGAUCCUGGUGGAUGAAAUUAUUUGAAAAUGAGACUGUUUAUCAAUGGUUAAAUUCUUCAUCAUCUAAAUUAGCAUUUGUUGAUUGGGACCCUUAUGCUAAAUUUAAUUCAAAUGUUUCUGCUCCUGUUUUGGUGCUCGAUGCACUUUCUGAAGAAAUUAAGUGGAGUUUAGAUGAUCCUUAUCGUAAACAUGGAUAUAUUUGUGAGAUAGAAGAUUGCAAAGAUUUACGCCCAACUCAAGCUUACAUUGAAGAUAGGACAAUUGAUGCUUGGGAAAAAUCAAAUGAAGAGGAUUUUAAUACACUUCAAGGGGAUCUUAGAUGUGUGCCCAGUGGCUGGUUUAACAAAGAUAGUGUAGUGUGGUAUAAAGAUGGUAUUUUGUGUUCAUCAGACUCUAUAUGUGGGCUGCCUUAUCAGUAUACAUCAAGGAGCAAUUUAAAAAACAUUUUGCAGCAUCAAGGAUACUACUGGUGUUCAGUCGAGCAAAAGAACUCUACACAAAAGAUAUUCUCUUCAAAAUUAUUGCAUAGGACUCCAGGAAUCCACACUUUUGUUCUUUCAAUGCAAUUAGAAGAAAGAGAACAUUUAAAUAUCUGCACUGAAUUUAUGAUGAGUGAACUUGUUGUCUCAAAGGUGCAUUCCAAUCCCUUUUUGGAAUGCUUCGAUGAUUUUCUGAAAGAUAAAUUUCCAAUAAGCUACUUGCAUGUCAUACUAAGAAAUGUAUCUUUGGUUUGUCCACAAGAACAAGUUUCAGCUCAUGGACAAGAUAUUACUUGGCCAUCUACAGCCAUUGGACAAAAUGCUAUUCCCACCAAAUUAUGUGUUUCAGUCAGCGGUAAUUCUGUUACCAGAAAAUGUUCAGGAGACUUUAACAUUGGUGCUAAAUGGGAGUCCUCUUCAACUGAGCAGUGCAUGUAUUUGAAUUCUGGAUUGACUAAGAAACUUUAUGAACUUGCUCAUCAAGAUUCCAAUAAAAGGUAUUCGUUGAUGAAUAUAGCUUCAAAUUUAAAUCAGUUAACAACUGCUGUAGAAAACUUAACACCUUUGGACAUACAUUAUGUUGCUGAAAUCAUGGAAGAUAUGGUUGAAUUUCCAGUGGAAAAGAAAUCGGAUGUUCUUUAUCCUGUUAUACAAACCUUCAGCAACAUCAUUGAAGCAGCAAAUAUCAUUAAUUCUGGGCAAUUGACAGCAGAUAUUAACAGAGUGCUUCUUUCUGUGAAAUCUAUGAUAAUGUCAAUGCACUUAGAGAACAGUGAUUUUCGAGAGUCAACCAAAAAUAUAGCAGUUAGUGCAUUUUCAUUGAACAGCUCUAUGGAUAAAGUGGCAUUAACUGCUGUUCUGAUGGAUUCAAAUUUAAUUCUUUCAUUUGAUGAAAAUCCAUUUUAUUUUGAAGCUGCCAGUACUAUGAAAGAUUUUGAAGCUGCUGUUGAGAUACCUAGAGAUUUUGUAACAAAAAGUGUAAGGGAAGGUGAAAAUCAUGUAUUCUUUAUGAUUGGAAAGAAUUUUUAUUACACCGAGUCUGCAAAAGUUGUGAGUCCGUUAAUUACUGUUUUUGUGGGAGAAAAACCUAGGUAUGACAUAGAUCCUCCAAUCAAGAUGCUUUUUAAAGUAGAAGUGGUGAGAGCUGAAAAUGUGUCUUCACUGAAGUGUGUUCAUUGGGAUCAGAAAUUAAAUAACAGUAUGGGAGACUGGUCUUGGAAAGGAUGUUUUUCUGAAUUGCGAGAUAAUAUACUUCACUGUUCAUGUGACCACCUUACAAGUUUUGCUGUUGUUUUGGAUCGUAAUGGAGACAUAUUAGUUAUUCAUCAGAGGAUUUUAAGCACUUUAACAUUCAUUGGGUGUUCUAUCUCCUGCUUUGGACUUAUCAUAAUCAUUCUCACAUUCAUUUUAUUUAGAAAAUGGAGAACCAAUAUCAAAAAUAAAGCCUUGUUUAACUUUUCACUAGCUUUACUGAGUUUCUUAAUCAUCUUCAUGUCUGGAGUUGAAGUAACAAAUUCGAAAAAGUUAUGUGUGAUUGUUUCAGUGCUUUUGCAUUAUUUUUUGCUCUCAUCAUUUGCGUGGAUGCUUGUCACAGCAAUUUUGCAGUAUUAUUUCUUGGUCAGAGGUCGUAAAGUGCUUGAUGUUUCCUACCUAAUUCAAAAAGCUGCAGCAUUUGCAUGGGGAGUACCUCUUUUCUUCAUUGGGAUUGUUCUUUGUGUUAAUUAUGAGUACUACAUGGAUACGCAGAAGUAUUGCUUGUUAUCUGGAAAUAUUUCAUUCUACACAAUGACAUUGCCAGUAUUAUUGAUGUUGGGCAUUAACUUUUUAAUUUUUGGAAGCAUUUUGUACACUAACACAUGUGGGAGGCCAUCCAGUGAUCAGCUAAGAAGCAAUCAAGAUCAGAAAAAAAUUGCAGUAAUGAGAACUAAAGCGUUAUUUUGUAUCUCAGUUCUUUUAGGAUUGUCUUGGAUAUUCGGAUUCUUGGCUCUUGGAAAUGCAAAAUUGUGGUUUCAUUAUUUAUUUACUCUGACAACAACUUUACAAGGAUUCUUUAUGUUUAUAAUUUUUGUAGUUAGGUAUAAAUCUACACGUGAUAUGUGGAAAAACUUUUUCCUGCAAGGCUCUGAAAAAGCACACAUUUCAAAUGUUACUGGCAUGACAGAUGUCACUCCUAGAACAUUACAUAGGCGACACCUUCCUGAAAAAGUGAGAGCAACUUUCCACACUGAUGUUCCUUACGUCUCAUUCAGUGCAGCAUCUCGGCUCUUCAGGUGA